GUUAUAAAGGUCAAUUCCUCCUCUCUCUCCCACCUCUGAAUCCUCCUCUCCUUCCCCUCGACACCUCCCGAUUCAAAUCGAUACCCAAAAAAAAAAAAAAAUUCACGCGAGAGCUCUCGAUCUAGGGAUCCCUCGUGUUGCCGCAGAGUCGCCGCCUCCGCCGCACAAAACCCUAGGUCUAGCGGCGGAGCCCCCUCCUCCACCCCUUCGCUCCCAUGGAGGACGGCAUCUACUCGUCCUCCGCGCCGCCGUCGACGGCGACGGCGGCCGCGGCGGCGGCGGCGGUGGGGUCGUCGGUGAUCCCGAUCGUGAACAAGCUGCAGGACAUCUUCUCGCAGCUGGGGAGCAGCUCCACGAUCGACCUGCCGCAGGUCGCCGUCGUGGGGAGCCAGAGCAGCGGCAAGUCCAGCGUCCUCGAGGCGCUCGUCGGCCGCGACUUCCUGCCCCGGGGCUCCGACAUAUGCACGCGGCGACCCCUCGUGCUGCAGCUCGUGCACCAGCCCCGCCGCCCCGCCGACGCCGAGGCGGAUGAGUGGGGCGAGUUCCUCCACCUCCCCGGCCGCCGCUUCUAUGACUUCCGCGAAAUCCGCCGCGAGAUCCAGGCCGAAACAGACAGAGAGGCGGGUGGUAACAAAGGUGUGUCAGAUAAGCAGAUACGACUGAAGAUCUACUCACCAAAUGUUCUAAACAUUACGUUGGUUGACUUGCCUGGGAUAACUAAGGUGCCAGUUGGUGACCAACCAACUGACAUUGAGGCCAGAAUAAGGACCAUGAUAUUGUCGUAUAUCAAGCACAAGACAUGUAUCAUCUUGGCUGUUUCGCCAGCAAAUGCAGACUUAUCGAAUUCUGAUGCUCUUCAAAUUGCUCGAAAUGCUGACCCUGAUGGUUCUCGAACAAUUGGUGUUAUAACAAAGCUGGACAUAAUGGACAGGGGCACAGAUGCUCGUAACUUUCUGUUGGGAAAUGUGAUUCCAUUACGACUAGGCUAUGUUGGUGUGGUAAACCGCAGUCAACAGGAUAUCAAAUCAGAUCUCAGUAUCAAGGAAGCUCUGGCGCGCGAAGAAAGUUUCUUCCGUAAUCAUCCAGCGUAUAAUGGUCUUGCUCAGUACUGUGGUAUACCACAAUUAGCAAAGAAGUUAAACCAGAUUUUGGUCCAGCAUAUAAAGACUGUUCUGCCAGGAUUGAAGUCACGUAUAAGUUCUCAAUUGACAACUACUGCUAAGGAGCUUUCCUUUUAUGGUGAUCCAGUCGAGUCCAAGGCUGGUCAAGGUGCUAAGCUUUUGAACAUUCUGGCAAAGUACUGUGAAGCUUUCUCCUCAAUGGUGGAGGGAAAAAAUGAGGACAUAUCAACAAUUGAGCUUUGUGGUGGAGCAAGGAUCCAUUAUAUUUUUCAAUCUAUAUAUGUAAAAAGCUUAGAGGUUCGUGAUUUUGUUGCAUGUUCAAUUACAACCUUUUCAUUAUGUUGUACCACAUCAUUGUUCUAUAAUGAAGUUAUAGAACUUUUUACACAGGAUGUUGACCCUUGUGAAGAUGUUACCGAUGAAGACAUCCGUAUGGCUAUACAGAACGCAACUGGUCCUAGGAGUGCUUUGUUCGUACCUGAGGUACCUUUUGAGGUCCUUGUACGCAGGCAGAUCAGCAGAUUGCUUGAUCCAAGCCUUCAGUGUGCAGGUUUCAUAUACGAUGAGCUAGUCAAGAUGAGCCAUCGCUGUCUUGCUGUUGAGCUGCAGCAGUUUCCUCUGCUCCGUAGGAGCAUGGAUGAAGUCAUCGGGAGGUUUUUACGGGAUGGGCUUAAGCCUGCGCAGGAUAUGAUAGCACAUAUCAUUGAGAUGGAGGCGGAUUACAUAAACACAUCUCAUCCAAAUUUCAUCGGCGGCAGCAAGGCUGUUGAGCAAGCACAGCAGCAAGUUAGGUCUUCUAGACUGGCAGCUGUGGCUAGAAGAGAGGGAGUAGAUGCUGAUAAGUCACAAGCUUCUGAUAAAACUCAAAAGCCGCGUGCGCUUUUGGGUAGAACUGGUGUAAAUGGAGUAGUCACAGAUCAUCUCCAGGGUUUACGGCCUGCUGCUGAGGCUGAGAGGCCAGGAUCUUCAGGUAGUGGAAGCACAUCUUUCUGGGGAUCAAUAUCAAUAUUUUCUUCUACUAGUGAUGAUCGUACACAUUCUUCUGCAAAAGACAACUCAUCGAACAAAUCUUAUACAGCUUCUACUUCCCACCUGGAGCAUUCACUCUCUACGAUACAGUUGAGAGAGCCACCAGUUGUCUUGAAACCUUCAGAAAGCCAGUCUGAGCAGGAGGCGCUUGAAAUAGCAAUAACUAAGUUGCUACUGAAGUCAUAUUACAAUAUAGUGCGGAAAAAUGUUGAGGACUUCGUUCCAAAGGCAAUCAUGCAUUUUCUGGUUAACCACACAAAACGGGAGCUGCAUAAUUACCUUAUAACUAAGCUUUAUAGAGACGACCUCUUUGCGGACAUGCUCAGAGAACCCGAUGAAAUAACCAUAAAGAGGAGGCAAAUACGUGACACCCUCAAGGUCCUUCAGCAAGCAUACAAGACUUUGGAUGAGAUACCACUUGAAGCGGACACAGUUGAGAGAGGCUAUUCCCUGGAUGCCGAUGCAACAGGUCUACCAAGGGCUCAUGGGCUUUCUUCAUCCUUCCAAGAUGGAAGCUCGCCAUAUUCGACCCCAAAGCAACCAAGGUCAAGGAAAUCUAGCCACUCAGGGGAGCAGCUGCCAUUCAAUCCCGAUGCAAGCGGUAACGGAUUUUGAUCUCGCCAUUCACGACCGUCACCCGAACGAACCAGUGGUUGAACCAGGCGAUGUACCGUGGUUGCACGCAUUCUGCAUUCAGUUUGUUUGCACCAGAUAGAUGUAUGCUUUUCUAGUUCUACUACUAUUCUUUUCACUCAGUGUUGCGCCCCAAUGAAGCCAUGACAUGGAGCGAGUUUUGCCCGUUUGCCCCCUUUGUACAGUAUAUUUCGCUGCCCAAUCGUUUCAUCAUAAAAUGAUAUAUCAGUGAUGGGUAUAGUUUUAGUUUAAGCCCAGGGAAGAGUCUAUGGUUGCUCGGUGUUAGUAUCGAGCGUCCGAAUGCCUGUAUCCUAAAAGACGGUUUUGCCUUGCAAAAUCUGACAAGGUUGGUUGGUAAGGAUACGCAAAACAAAUUUGUGUUGCAUAAAGUUGGUGGUCUGUACCAGUAUAAGUUUGGUGAUUUCAGUCGAUCACUGGUGAUUUGCAAAGAGAAGCUCUGUUCAUUUA